CCAUGACAACAGUACAUGUGACAAACAAAACUCGUCAUAGAUAAAACUGUGCGAACUAACGUGUAUGUAAUCAGUUAAACCGCGAGACAAUCAAAAUUUCUAAUUUAAAAUAAAAUUUCUUGUUGUAUACAAUGAGAACAUCAAAGAAAUGGCUCGAUGCACAAUCGGAACAUAAGACGACGCUACGUGCCCUGCCAGCAUGUCUAACAUUAUGUGAUCUGAAGCACGACGGUUACUAUCAAUUGGUAGCCGCUGAGUUUCCGCUGGAUAUUACCGGAAAAGCCAAAUUAAAAGCGUACAAAGGAACGACUUUGAUAAGUGAACAGUCUUUGCCGGGUGUUCCAGCAUCCGUUGAAAGUUUCUAUGUUGACGAACACUACCCAAAAAUACCAGUCAUUGCUGUGUCGAUUGGACCGUCAGUGUUGUUUUAUCGAAACAUGAAGCCUUAUUACAAGUACACAGUGCCCAGUCUACCGAUCAAUCCGAUCGAAAAGGAAGUGUGGCAAAAACUGCCCACAGAGAAAGCGGAGAACAUUGAGAGCCAUAUAAAUCAGUUGAGACGGUUACAUAUCGGAGAGCUUAGCAGAGUGUCGCAGGAAUUGUUGACCGCUCCACCGGAUGACAUUCAGCAAUUUGUCAAAGAACAUGACAUGAAGGAUCUUCAACGUUUUGCAACCAUAACUGCUACGGCAACAUUACGUAAAUCAUCCACCGAUAACAAUGGAGUUUCUUUUCUAAUAUUAGCCACCGAAUCUGGUGACAUAAUAUUCCUGGACUGCCAAGCAUUCACCGUAAUACACGAAGCUAGAGUGUGUUCUCUUAAGUCCACACCAGCCUUACUCUCCGUUAGUGGUCAUUUCGACGUUGACUUUAAAAUUGUAAUCGGAACUAGGGAAGGAUCGAUUUGCAUUCUCCGGAAGUCUUGGCUGGAAGGUCGUCAGAUCACUAAAUUAGACAAUCCGACAGUCGGUUUAUCAAUUUUGCCUAUCGAACAGACGAUAAUCGUCGUUUGCAUGAACAAAACGUUGGAUUGUUUCUCGAAAAAGGGCAAGCAAUUGUGGUCGGUUGGAUUGAGUGAAUCGGCAACGUGUAUGGUUCCCAUUGGGCUAACUCACCUAAACCUGACACUAAUUUGUGUGGCAUUACGCGGAGGCCUGGUUCAAUUGUACUUGCAGAAGAAUUUAGUGGAUCAAUUUACUGCUCCAGACACUGUGUCUGCAAUGGCAUUCGGAAAACUUGGUCAGGAGGAUCAUGUGUUGAUCUUGGUCACGAAUGACGGUUCGUUUAUCGUAAAAAUAUUAAAGCGAACCGCUGAUUUCAAGGUAGACGCAAUUGAUAAUCAUACUAACGAUGGAACAGGUAAUGCGACGGGUAAAUUGCAAAUACCCAAGAAGUCGAAAGUUUUCCUCGAACAGACAAUUCGUGAGUGCGAUAAUGCAUCAGCAAUUUAUCACAAUUUUCAAACGGAAUUGUGGAGGUUAAGGUUAACAGCUGCCCGUACUACCAUCGACACAAUCAAUUCGGCUGAAAGUACAAUUUCUGGUGACAUUGGCAGUGCACCCAUCAAAUUGGCAGCAGAGGUACUAGGUCUGGGACCAGUCUUUCGUAUUGUUCUAACAUUAGAGAAUAUGGCAGCUAGACGAGAUGCAUCGCAUAUAAACGUUCUCUUACAUGCAGACGAUCAACAUUAUCGCUUGGAGCAACCGUAUGCGAUGUUACCAUCCCUAGUGCCCGGUUCACCAAUGAAAAUCGAUUUCAAAAUAACAACACUGUUGGACCCAAACGAUGGCCUACCUCCAUCGGAUCUAACGCCUGAAAAUGCCAUUAUACGAGUUAUGCUGAUCAAAUCCGGACAUGCGAAACCACUUAUUGCUGCUACAAUUGCAAUGCCCAUGACUGAACCGUUGGAGAAUGACAUUUAUUAAUUUGGGAAUCGUUAUGCUUUAAAUGAAAUUACAUUUUGUGUUGUUUGAUUCAAUAAAAUUUGAC